GAUGCGCUGUGUCCCUCGGACACAGCGGAUCACUGAUCUACGGAAAGGUCACGGUCAUGUGAUCAGCUGUGUCCAAUCACAGCUGAUCACUGAUCAUCAGGGCACUGAUGAUCAGUGUGCCCUGAUGAUCAGUGUGGCCCCAGAAGUGCCACCUGUCAGUGUCCAUCAGUACCAGCUGUCAGUGCUGAACAGUGCCAUGUGCCAGUGCCCAUCAGUGCCACAUCAAUGCCACAUAUCAGUGCCCAUCUGAGCUGCCUUUCAGUGUCACCCGUCAGUGCUGCCAAUCAGUGCCACCUAGCAGUGCCAGUCAGUGCCGCCCAACAGUGCCAGUCAGUGCCGCCUGCAGCCUAACAGUGCCAGUCAGUGCCGCCUAACAGUGCCAUAUAUCAGUGCUGCUUUUCAGUGCCCAUCAGUG